AUUGCUUGUACUCCGGCUGUUCCAAUGAGCGACGACGAGCUUGUGGCGGCUAGUGCGGCUUUUAGUGUAAUUUAUUGUUUAUUAAAUAAACAAAAAACAAAAAUGAGAAAGAAGAGACGGUGGUGGGUUACGUCGUUAUUUAAAAGUCGAAGCAAAUGCAGUGGAAGCAAUUUACUUAGCGACCUUAAUAUUGAAAACCUCCACUUUCAUACAUUCGGUAGAAUGUCGCCUACUAAUUUUGAGGAAAUCAUAAUUUUAAUCGGCCCAAAAAUUAUGAAGAAAAACACAACAUUUCGAAAAGCAAUUCCUGAAGAACGAUUAGCUAUAACACUAAGAUAUUUAGCAUCGGGUGAUUCGUACACUAGCUUAAGCUUUUUGUUUAAGUUUUCCAAGCAGUCAAUUUCGCUGAUUGUGCCAGAGGUAUGCAGUGCUUUAUGUGAAGUUUUUCAAGAUUUUAUAAAGAUGCCUCAAACAGAGAAUGAGUGGCUUCAAGUAGCAGCUCAAUAUGAAAGACUAUGGAACUUCCCACAUUGCAUGGGGGCAAUGGAUGGCAAACACGUUGUUCUUCAGUGUCCAGUAAAUACAGGCAGUGACUAUUUUAAUUACAAAGGAACUUUUAGUAUUGUUCUUUUUGCUGUUGUUGAUGCCGAUUAUUGUUUUCUCUACGCUGACGUGGGCUGUCAAGGUCGAAUAUCAGACGGCGGUGUUUUUCGCAAUACAACCUUUUACAAAAAACUGGAGGAUGGCUCUUUAAAUCUUCCAAGUAGUAGAAAACUUCCUAGCCUAGAAGAUCUUCAAGAAAGUGACAGUGAUGAAAGCUUAGACAUAUCACAAACCAGCACUUACCAAACAUUGGAUUCUGAUGAUGAAGUUUUUGAGUUGAAUAUUCCAGAGUCAGCAGAUGAUGAAAAUGCUGAUAGAAGGCAGCUACGUGACAGGAAUACACUAUCUAAGCCGGACUAUUAUGGUGUAGCAAAUUAUUGUGAGAUUUUAGAACCUACAAACUAUGAGAAUGCCACUAAGUGUCAAGAUUCAAGUAAGUGGCAGCGAGCCAUGGAGGAGGAGAUGGAUGCACUUAAGGACAAUAACACAUGGGACUUGGUAAAGUUACCUGAUGGUGCAAAAGUGAUAGACAAUAAGUGGGUUUAUCGUGUUAACUUUGACUCUGAUGAAAUAAUGAGGCAAAGCGAAGUUAAGUCUUUUGCAGUUGCCCUAAACAAUAUGGCGUUUGGUAAAAUGACCGACGAAGAUGUGCAAUUAAUCAAGUCUAGGGAAGUCGACAAUAUUGACCAAAUUCCCGAAGACACCAUGCAUUUAUUUGCCACCAAUGCAGAAGUAGAUAGAUGCAUUCAAUGA